CAUCGCUCAUGCUUCAGCAGUGGCCAAUGGAACACCCCGGAACAACCUCCUCUGUCCCUUCGUUCUUGCUGGUUGUCAACAAGAUCGGCUCUAUGGCACACAUGAUCCAGCUUUCAUGCCCGUCGGGCCGCACUGACUCUGGAUUGAUUCCAGGCAUCAACACCUCAUGACUUUGAACCACGAAAGAUUGAGGAAGCCUCUCAACCCAUGAUAAGGCCACAGAAUCCAAUCUGUCCGAUUCAUUUGCAUCGACAAAUCGACAGCAAAAAGGGCGACAAUCCCGCCAAGAAUUGCUCGUCUAGACGCCAAGCAACCGGACCCACCGUUUGUUUACUUCCCCCUUUUUGACACCAAAACAUCACGACUCCACUCUCAUACCCGAGCUUCCAAGAUGAGGGUGCUGAAGGCCGGACUCAAGCGUGAUGACUACAGCUGGCGUCAAAUCCGUCCCGGACUAUGGCAGCGGGAUGCCGAUGAAGCAGAAGUGUGUUACUCAACCUUGGUCAAGCUCUACGAAGGCUCCGGACGGAUGCUCUUCGCCAUCACGGGCCACAUCUCCUUGUCCAUUCAAGUCCCCGAAGAUGAGGACCGCGAAGUCGUUUCCAAACGGCUCGACGAAUCCCUCCGCAUUGCAUGGCUCAGACAGCGUUACGAGACCCCAACCAUUGCCUCAUAUGUCCACUACGACGCCCUCGAUGGGAAAUGGAAGAAGUCCUAUCGAACCAUUCCCGACGACGUAUCAACAAAAUCAUGGCUCGAAAAGACGUUUCAAGUGAUAUCAACCGCUUUCGGCCACACCGGCGAAGACUGGGCCAACUGCGAUCCACCCGCUCCAAACACAGCCACUCUGUUCGUCGUCUGCCCUGCAAUUCCACUCCAGGAUCCUUCCACCAUCCGCCGAGACCUCGUCCUGCGCUCUCCCCACGACAUCAUCGACGGCAUCGGCACUCUCCAGUUCCUCAACAGUCUCGUCACCAAAACCGCCCAAGCCUUCAGCGAAGGUGAAUUCUUCCGCGAGCUCCCCGUUUUCGACGGCUCCGAAGCAUCCAACCUGAGCCCGCCCUACCGGGUGGCCGCCAACAUUCCUCUGGUCCCGACUCCAGAGCAACAGGCCCGACUAGACGCCAUCAAAGCCGCAGCCUCUGAGCCCUCAUCAAACCCCGACGACCAGACCCUGGCACCCCUAGACAUCGGCAUCCCCUUCGCCAAGGGCCCCCUCUUGCCGGGCAAACACCAACGCGUAGCGCACUACAUCUCCAGCGAACGCACCUCCGCCCUAACCACCUCCCUCAAAAAGCACCACCCUGGAACGACAGUUACGCACGCCUUCCACGCAGCCAUCGCCCUCGCGCUGCGCAACACCCAUAUGAAACCCCCUUCCUCCAAGUCCUCCUCCUCCGUUCCUUCUUCCACCGCUUCCCAUAGACCUGCCGCAGGACCAGGACAAAAAGUCAGAUACACCAAUUACCUCCUCCACAACGAGCGCGGCUCCUGUCAACCGCCCUACGACACGCCGAAGCAUUGUGUGUCGGUGUAUCACUCGCUGUCUGCCUCCAAGCUACAAGUCGACAUGUCCCCUACGCUUCCCGAGACAAGGGAAGAGAGGAGGGAGGAGUUUGAGACUGUUUUGGAGCAGAUUAAGGGGUUUUAUACCGCUGUGAGGGACGAUCCCCUGCACUACGCUUUAGCACCCGCAACCUGGGCGGAGCAUACGCCUCUGCUUCCCGAGGGAGUGUUGAAGGGGGAGGAGAAAAUGGAGGUGCCGAAGCCGAAAAAGGUGCCGAGUGUGAGUAUCUCUAGCAUGGGGGUGGUGGAUAGGAUUGUGAAGAGGGAGCAUUCCUUGGGGCUGGGAGGGGAGGGGAGGGGGAAGUUGGAGGUGCAUAGGCCGUGGGUGACGGGGGAGGAACUGACGAAUGGGUUGGGGGUGUUUUUGGGGAAGUUUGAUGGGGUGUUGUGUUUGAGUUGUGCGUAUAAUGAGGCGUGGCAUAUCAAGGGGGAUGUGGACGACUUUUUGUGGGAUGUGGAACGCUUGGUAGGUAGUUGGGUGGAGGGAGGGAAUGAUUUCUUCAAUCUACAGCAAAAAGGAAGGUAAGUAAUGAGUACUGUAACAUUGCUCACCCAGCUGGCCUCAUACUUGAACUUCCGCUCUCAUACUAGGUAUCUCCCCUCCAGGCAAGAGGCAAUCUAGGGAUGGUUGAUUAGAUGAACAAUGCAUCCUUGUUAGAAUAGAACCCCAAGGCUCGCAUCCAGAGGAUAUCCCCACAGUUCAGAACGAGUUUGCACGGGUUUCCGUGGCCCUGCUCGCCCUGUGCCUCGCGUUCCUUGCAUUUGCGUUCUGGUAUGCGGUUGCAGUAGAUAUACGAU